AUGGCGGAUGGUCUUGGGGCUGUUGCCCAGCUCCUCGCAGCGAGUCUGGACCCCAGACAGAAUAAACAAGCUGAAUCCGCUCUUCGUCAAGAAGAGAGUAACCCGAGCUUUGCGAUAUCACUUCUUCAAAUCACCGCCUCCGAAUCCUAUCCGUACAAUACUCGCCUGGCAAGUGCGCUAUUUUUCAAGAACUUCAUCAAAAGGAAUUGGACCGAUGAGGAUGGAAACUACAAGCUUCCACAGGAGGUAGUGGGUACGAUCAAACAAGAACUCAUCAACUUGAUGAUCUCCGUGCCGCAGGGUAUACAAACCCAAUUAGGAGAAGCUGUUAGUGUCAUCGCUGAUAGUGACUUCUGGGAGCGGUGGAAUACACUUGUUAAUGACCUUGUUUCAAAACUUCAACCCGACAACCCCGCUGCCAACAUCGGUGUCUUGCAAGUUGCGCAUUCGAUUUUCAAGAGGUGGAGACCCCUUUUCCGCUCCGAUGAACUUUACAUAGAAAUCAACCACGUCCUUGAGAGAUUCGGUAAUCCUUUCUUGACUCUUUUCCAGGGACUCGAUGCGUAUCUCGAAGCGAACAAGUCGAACAAAGACCAGCUUGUUCAAGGAUUCACUCAACUUAAUUUGAUGAUUAAGCUGAUGUAUGACCUUUCUUGCCAUGACCUCCCUCCGAUGUUCGAAGAAAAUAUGAGUGGGAUUGCACAGCUGUUACUCAAAUAUCUAACAUACGACAACCAAUUGCUUCACACUGAUGAUGAUACCGAAUCUGGUCAACUAGAAUUUACUCGUGCCGGGAUUUUUGAGGUCCUAACGCUCUGGGUACAGAAAUACGGGGACGAGUUUCAGCAGCACAUCCAACAAUUCGUGGAGAGCUCGUGGAAUUUCCUGACUACAAUUGGGCAGGAAACAAAGUAUGACAUUCUUGUUAGUCGGGCGUUAAAGUUCUUGACUUCGAUUGCCGGCAUGCCUCAGCAUGCACAAGUUUUCCAAGCGGAGGGCACAUUGGCUCAGGUCAUUGAAAAGGUCAUUUUGCCAAACGUUAGCCUCCGUGAUUCAGAUGAAGAACUGUUCGAGGAUGAGCCGAUUGAGUUUAUCCGACGUGAUCUCGAGGGAUCAGACAGCGACACAAGACGACGUGCUGCUACAGACUUCCUGAAGCAAUUGAACGCGAACUUUGAAGGGUCGGUUACAAAGGCUGUUCUGCAAUACAUCGACCACUACCUGAAUGAGUACACGAAAUCACCACAGCUGAACUGGAAAGCCAAGGAUACCGCAACCUACCUUUUUAUUGCAAUUGCAGCGAAAGGGGCUGCAACUGCCAGCCACGGAAUCACGACAACUAAUAGCCUCAUAAGCAUCACCGACUAUUUCCAAAAACACCUCGCCGCCGACUUGGUUUCUGGGGAUGGUUUGCAUCCAAUUCUCAAGGUUGAUGCUGUCAAGUAUCUCUACCUUUUCCGCAGCCUCGUGACAAAGGAACAAUGGCAGGAAGUGCUUCCAUUAUUGGUCAAUCACCUUGCUUCUCCCAACUUUGUUGUUUACACGUAUUCUGCCAUUGCCGUUGAACGCGUGCUAUAUUUCACCGAUAACCAAGGACAGCCCAUUAUCUCAGCAGACACGAUCAAGCCUCUUGCUAAGGACCUAUUGGAACAUAUUUUCUCCUUGAUUCAGAAGGACCCGGCUCCUCAAAAAGUGCAGGAGAAUGAGUUUAUCAUGAAAUGCGCUAUGAGGGUUUUGAUCGUGAUUAAAGAGGCUGUAAUCCCUAUUACGGACAAUGUGCUGAAGCACUUGAUCAACAUCACUCAAGUGAUAGCUAGCAACCCGAGCAACCCGAGGUUUUACUACUAUCAUUUUGAGACUAUAGGAGCGUUUAUUCGGUACGCUGCUCCAGCGAACCCCGAUAAACUUGAGCAGGCUCUCUACCCUCCUUUCUCCGCCAUCCUCCAAGGAGAUGUACAAGAAUUCGUCCCGUACAUCUUCCAGCUUUUCGCUGCCCUUCUCGAAGCUAACCCAUCGGGAACGUUGCCAACAUACUAUCAGAGCCUCAUUGCCCCUAUUCUUGCACCUCAAGUGUGGGAGUCCAAGGGCAAUAUCCCCGCGCUCGUGCGACUUUUAUCGUCGAUUAUUAGCCGGGGGUCCCAAUAUAUUCUAGAAAACAACCAGCUUAUCAACACGCUUGGUAUUUUCCAGAAGUUACUUUCAUCCAAGACAAAUGAAAGCUACGGAUUUGAUCUCCUGGAAGCUGUGAUUGAGCACUUUCCAUCAGCUGUACUGGAACCGUUCUUUGGUGAUAUCAUGCAGAUCAUUCUCACACGCCUUCAGAAUCAUAAAACAGAGAGUCUUACACUCCGAUUCGUGCGUUUCUAUCACUUCAUGUGCGCCAAUGAUGCCAAGGGAUGCAGCGCCGAUUUCGUAAUCCAAAUCGUCGAUAAAGUACAGGAGGGCCUGUAUGUUCAAUUAUACCUGAACGUCAUUCUGCCGGAGUCACAAAAGCUUGCGCGCCCACUGGAUCGCAAAACUGCUGUGCUAUCAUUCACUAAGACGCUUGCCAACUCCGAAGCUUUUGCGAACAAGUACAAGAAGGGAUGGGGUUUCACGUGCGAAGCCCUUCUCAAACUCUUGGAGCUUCCACCACUGCCUGCUAGCAAGGACGAUGUUAUUGCUGAGCAUGACGUUGAGGACAUGGCAUUUGGUGUUGGAUUCACAGCUCUUGUCACCAUACGGCCCCAGGUCAGAGACCCUUGGCCGGACACGGGUGCCGAUCUUAAGAUCUGGGUUGGGAAGUGCCUGAAGGAAGCAGACCAGAAGCACGGUGGAAGAAUCUCAGCAUUCGCCCAGGAGAGAUUAGAGGACCAGGCGAAGGCAGUGCUCGGCAGUUAUAUUGCGUGA